AUGUCGGGAAAAAAGAAUGUAAAACGAGCAGAAAACAGAAGAAAAAGCUCAACAACAAUAGAUAUGGAAGCUCAGACUGAUACUUUGUUUACAAAUAUUCGUAACACUCUCUCUGAAUUGGAAUGUGGUUUCGAAGAUAUUGAUAGAUUACUCGAACCUUUGCUUUCUCGGCCCUUGAGUGAGUUAGCUUCAAGUCUAGGACCGAUAGACCGUGCAAGGUUAUACCUGCUCUACGGUUUCACACUCAACUCUCUGAUAUCAUUAUUUUUGGAGCUUAAAGGUCAGGAUUCAAAAAUAAAGAUACUAGAGGAACAAUAUAAACGUAUCCAAGAUUGUUCAGAAAAAAUCACAAAUACCGUCAAUCCUCCUCAACCAUCAUUAUCAAUCAAUCGUAAUGCUGCUUCAAGGUUCAUAAAGCACGCCUUAACAAAUCGUGAUAAUGAUGCAAGAGAAAAUCGUCGAGGUGGUGGAUUAAAAUGA